UGCAGACAGACCCCGCAGAGGUUGCUCGCAUUCUGCGCACGCACUGGGGCGAUGUAUUCGCCGCCCGCAGCCUGCGCCCGCAGGACGUGGAGGCGUGGAUUCGCGCUGACGCAGCAGCGCUGGACGGCUUGGCCGCAGCUUUGCGGCAUCUUCUGGAGGAGCCGGGGCGCUGGCGUGUACGCAUGGAGGAUAUUGAGCAAGCGAUCGAGCGAACUUCCCGUUCUGCGCCCGGGCCUGAUGGCAUUCCAUACUUUGCGUGGCGGCGCUUGGGGCCUUUGGCCACUCGCGUGCUGCACGGGGUUUCAGAACUCUUGGAGUCCUCGGAGGGGCUCGCGGCGCUGGGCGAGGCAUGUCCGCUCAAUGCUGAAGGACAUUCGGCAUUCAACGAGGCCAUCAUGGUCUUUCUGUCCAAGAAGGACCCAUUGAUUUCGAAUUCAGGCGUAUCCUACACCAGGGCGGAGGACCUCAGACCACUCAGCAUUGUCAACACAGACAACAGCUUACUAGCAAACGCGCUACGACUACGCAUAGAACCCAUUCUGGAGCAGGCCAUUUCGAACAUGCAGCAAGACUUCUUGGCCGGCAGGUCUAUGUUGAAAACUGUCAUCGACGUGGACUCGUCUAUGAGAGAAGCGGCUUUGAACGCAGACGACCCCGCGGCCGUCUUCCACGACUUCCAAGCGGCAUUCGCGUCGCUGUCUCACAGUUUCCUGCUGAAGUCGUUGCAAGGCCUGGGGCUGCCAGCGACGGUCUGCAGGUUCAUGGAGUGUUUGUACUGGGGGCAUGGUUGUCGACUGAGCGCCUGUGGACAACAGCACCCGGUCUUCAAGAUCAGCGCGGGCAUCCGGCAGGGAUGCCCACUUUCUCCGCUGCUCUUUGCCGUUGUGGUGGAUUCCUUGUUACGACGGCUCCGCCGAAUGUUGCCCUCGGCAACAGUGAGGGCAUAUGCGGAUGAUCUUGUGACUGUGUUGGAGAACUUGUCAUGGGCGCUACCUUGUCUCGUGCAGAUCUUCGCCGAGUUUGCAGCUGCUUCCGGCCUCCGCCUCAACUUCCGGAAAGUGGUGGUGGUGCCGCUUGGAGACAGUCCCCCAGACGUUGUCACGCAGCAGAUAUCGGCCACGUUCCCUACCUGGGGGCUUGUGCAGUGCAGGCAGUGGGCCAAGUAUCUGGGAUUUGCGCUCGGGCCAGGACGUGCGGAGCACAGCUGGGACGCAGCCCUGGAGAAAGCGGUCGCGAGGGCGCGGCUGUGGUCGCGCUUGGCCUUGGGCUUGCAGUACGCGGCGUUUGUGUACAAGGUGUACGUGGCCUCUACGCUGAGUUUCCUGCUGCAGCUGGAGCCCUUGCCGGUUCGUUGGGCUUCCGUGGAGACGCAAAUUCUUCGCAUCCUCGUGCCUGGGCCUUGCCACUGGUGUCGGCCCGACGAACUUCACGGACUGCGGAGGGAUUUUGGUUUCCCGUGCGAGUUCACGGACUUGCGCGUCGUGUCGUUGGCCGCGAAGUUCAGGGUGGCGCACGUGGAAGCACGGGCUCAAGGAGGGCUCUGCCAUCGCGCAUGGCUUCAACGCCUAGCAGCGGCGGAGCACGCAGCCGACCGCGUGUACCGCCGAGCCCGGUGGUCGGACUGGUUCGCUGGAUCUUACUGUCACAACCUGGCGGCCGCGGUCGAGAACUUUCGUCGGCAGGGCGUCGCCAUCUCCGCAGUGCUUGAGCGCGCAGUUGGCACCGCGGCCUGCCCUUGGACGCAGGCGCAGACCCGCCGCGCGACAACUGGGAUUCAGCGCGCAGCCUGCGCUCUUCUUCAAGAGCGGUGUCGGCGCUGUCCAGAAACCCGCAUGCGGGCCAAGCUGGAACGUUGGGAAGUGCUUCUUUUCCCGCGAGUGCGGGCGCAGAGGGCGUUGGCGAUGCUUCGCAGGGUUGCGCGCCUGGCCGCGCCCCGCCGCGGGUGGCAGCCGCAGUGCUUCGCACGCUAUGGGCAGGCUGGUGCACAGCUCGCCGUUUCGGCGGUUGCUCUGCUUGCAUCUUCUGUGGCUUGGAAGGCGGGGACUCCGUGGAGCACGCGUCCGUCUGCCCGACGCUUGCGCGCACGGGUGCGGCGUUCUUGCGACUCCCGUACCGCCGGGAGAAAGAGCAACGUCGCGUGUCCUUCUUGCUGCUCGACCAGCCGUCGGAGCUCACCGAUGAAGGUCUUCUGCUGGGCACCCUCCACGUGGCGGCGGCGUACCGGCUCCACUGUCAAUUCCGACGUCAUCCAUCGGCCUUGCGGGGCGGAGAUGCGGUGCGACGGGCACUGGAGCAGGCAGCUAAAGAGCUGGUGCAAGGCCACAGCGCAGCCAUGUCGAUGAUGGAUGCUCGCUGGAGUUCCGGGCGGGCGGCGGCGGGGACUUCAGAGCAGUGAUGUGGAGCCACGUAGCCGCGACAG